UCCUUCUUCGAGAUGAUCGCUUCAAUUGAUUAAGUAACGUUUAAUUGGACACUUAACUAAUCUUUGAUUAAUCAUCUGAUAAGGAUUUAUUCUCGUAUUUCUAUUGUGUCUCGCAAAAUGCGUAAACCACAGUUUGUGUUAUUGACAAUUGUCGUAAGUUUAUGGCUCGUGCAAGGCCAAAAAAAACCAAACUUUGCCGCCAAUCGUAGCGUAAUAGUCCAUUUAAACGAAUGGAAGUGGGCUGACAUUGGUGAUGAGUGUGAGAGGUACCUCCAGUAUGGGUCCUUCGGCGGAGUCCAGAUUUCGCCAGUCGCCGAAAACGUGAUUGUCAAAGGCCGCCCAUGGUGGGAAAGAUACCAGCCCGUGAGUUACAACCUCACCACUCGCUCAGGCUCCGAAUCCCAACUCUCUGACAUGAUUUCCAGAUGUAACAAAGUCGGAAUUAGGAUUUAUGCAGAUGUGAUCUUUAACCACAUGGCGGCUCUUACCGGAAUUGGCACGGCAGGAAAUAAAGCAAUGAGCGACGUUAAAAUUUAUCCCGGCGUGCCUUACACUCCGGAGGAUUUUCAUCCUACUUGUAAUAUUCCGAAUUAUUUAGAUCCCGAAGUUGUGAGGAACUGCGAACUUAAUAAUCUGAGAGACUUAGACCAAUCCACACAGAACGUCCAACUGAGAAUUGUAACGUAUUUGAAUAAGUUGAUUGGGCUAGGGGUUGCAGGCUUCCGGGUUGAUUCGGCUAAAUACAUCGCGACCGAACAAUUGGAAGAAAUUUACUCCAAACUUAACGAUCUCAACACGAGUUUUUUCCCGCCCAAAACCAGAUCUUUUAUCUACCAAGACGUUCCAGUUUUUGACAAUGAUGUGAUCGGUAAUGAGGGCUACGCAAAAUUGGGAAAUGUGCUCGAGUCGAGAUUUAGUCUGGCGAUAAGUCGUGUCUUCAGCGGCAAAGACAAUUUAACGAAUUUGCAAAAUUGGGGCCCCGACUGGGGCUUCAUCCCAACCAAUGACUCAGUUGUCUGUCACAACAACCAACGAAACGGCCAAAUUUUAAACUACCAAGCUCUAAAACUGUACAAAAUGGCUCUAGCUUUCAUGCUAUCACACCCCUAUGGCUUGCCAAGGAUCAUUUCGAGUUACUUUUUCCACAACAAGGACGUAGGUUCUCCGCAGGAUUCGGACGAAAACGUCAAAUCUCCGAUUAUUUACACGGAUGGUUCUUGUGGGAACGGUUUUGUGUGUGAACACCGUUGGCCCCAAGUGAGGAACAUGGUCGAUUUCAGGAAUGCGGUUUCAGGGACUGAGAUUGGGAAUUGGUGGUCAAAUAACGAACAACAGAUUGCGUUUUCUCGAGGGAGUGUUGGAUUUAUUGCGUUCGCAAAUGGAGGAAAUUUGACUGAGAAAAUUCAAACUGGGCUAGCUGCCGGCACUUAUUGCGACAUUAUUUCGGGGAGUUUGGUCAACAAGACUUGCACCGGCAAGAGUGUGGUUGUUGAUGGUAAAGGAGUCGCCAGUAUUAGGAUUUUGGAGUCGGAUUUCGAAGGAGUUGUUGCGGUGUUUGUUAACAGUAAAAAAUAAAUCGAUUAAUUUAACUGUG